ACCCUGUCAUGGAUAGGGAAUAUGACCGGGGGGAGUUUGCAGUUCCUGAUCAGGUCAAGAAGUUCCUUGCGUACUUUCAGGAUAUGAUCAAAGAGCGGAAUGUUUAUGAGUUAAAUACUCUUUAUGAAACCAACUUCCCAAAACUCACGGAGCAGUACUUUAAGUUUCUGGUGCAGUUUUUGAAAGAACUAUUUCGAGGUUGCUCUGAAGAAAUUAUGCCCUACAUCAAGCAGGAUCCCAUCUUUGUAUUCUUGUACAAGGAACUCUGCUACAGGCAUAUAUAUGCAAGGGUUCCUGGAGGUCCAACUGUAGAGCAGAGAAUGAGCUCCUACUUCAACUACUGCCAUAUUUUCAACUACAUCUUGUCUGCUGAGACUCCGGUAAAUCUGGAGCUACCGAACCAGUGGCUCUGGGAGAUCAUUGAUGAGUUCAUUUAUCAAUUCCAGGCGUUUUCUCAGUAUAGAUGCAAGCUGCAGAAGAAAACUGAUGAAGAGAUUGAAUAUCUCAAACAGAAUCCCAAGGUGUGGAAUGUACAUGGUGUACUGAAUGUACUGCACUCCCUGGUGGAUAAGUCGAACAUAAACAAACAGUUAGAACUGUACAACAACCAAGGAAAUCCGGACCAGGUUGCUGGAGAGUUUGGGCGUCAUUCCCUUUACAAGAUGUUGGGAUACUUUUCUCUAGUUGGACUUCUUAGGCUGCAUUCUCUUCUCGGAGACUUCUAUCAGUCCAUCAAGGUUCUGGAGAACAUAGAACUGAACAAGAAGUCUCUGUACUCCCGUGUACCUGGCUGUCAGAUCACCACGUACUACUACGUAGGAUUUGCGUACAUGAUGAUGAGAAGAUAUGCUGACGCUAUAAGAACCUUCUCCAACAUUCUCCUCUACGUUCAGAGAACUAAACAGAUGUUCCAGACUAAAUCCUACCAGAAUGAUCUAAUCAACAAACAGACAGAUCAGAUGUAUGUUCUUCUAUCCAUCUGUCUAGUUCUUCAUCCACAGAGAAUAGAUGAAUCUAUUCAUACUUGCCUCAGGGAGAAGCAGUACUCUGAGAAGAUGAACAAGAUGCAGAGAGGGGAGCUAGCAGAGUUUGAUGCUUGCUUCACAUUUGCUUGUCCGAAGUUCUUGAGCCCUGUACCUCCCUCCUACGAGAGUUUGAUGGUCGAGAAUGAGGCUCAUAGGGAACCCCUUAGGCUCCAGCUUAAGGUAUUCAUGGAAGAAGUUCAGCAACAACUUAUGCUGCCCACUAUCAGGUCCUAUCUGAAGCUGUACACCACCAUGCCCCUGGACAAGAUGGCUGGUUUCAUGGAAAUGCCCUCAGAGGAGUUCAGAAAUCAUGUUCUUGCGUUCAAGCAUAAGAUGAGGAACGUUGUCUGGACUAAGGGAACCUCUGGGUUAGAAGGGGAGUUCCAGUCUGGCUCCGAGGUGGAUUUCUACAUAGAUAAAAACAUGAUCCAUAUUGCUGAUACAAAGGUUGCGCGAAGAUACGGAGACUUCUUCAUUCGCCAGAUUCACAAGUUUGAUGAAUUAAACGGAGCUCUCAAGAAAAUCCAAAUCUAGAACCGGAUUUAGAAGUAGACGACAUCUGUCUAUUCUUGGAUUCAAACUGGUUUAUUCUGGUUUUAUCUUGGUUCAAACGGAAAUAAUAUAGUUGAAAGCUGGGUUGAACUGUUUUUUUCUCUGGUUUUUUAAUUUCUGUAAUAAAGCCGGUUCCUACAAAUUUA